CAAGAAUAUUAAAAGUAAAGGAAGAAAAAAAAGACAGGAAGUAGAGAAGUCUUUUCUUCUCUCCGUCGUUCCCAACACCAAAUCGCAUAAUCAAAAUCCAUUUCUUCAACUUCAACUAAAGAGGGAGAAAAAGGAGAGGAGCAACGAAACCCUAAUUUUCUCUGAUCGAAAAAAAAAAGGAAACUAACUUUACUCAAAUUCCCUUUCUCCACAUCUCACAUGGCGUCCCGAAACUGUCGGUGGGAGCUUCUCGCGGCUUCUCUAGCCCUAACUUUAGCUCUGAUUCACUUGGUGGAUGCGAACUCGGAAGGAGAUGCUCUUUACGCUCUUCGCAGAAGCUUAUCGGAUCCAGACCAUGUGCUCCAAAGCUGGGAUCCGACUCUUGUUAGCCCUUGUACCUGGUUCCAUGUCACCUGUAACCAAGACAACCGUGUCACUCGUGUGGAUUUGGGCAAUUCAAACCUUUCAGGACAUCUUGCACCUGAGCUUGGGAAGCUCGAACAUCUACAGUAUUUGGAGCUGUACAAAAACAAAAUCGAAGGGACUAUACCUUCUGAACUUGGAAACCUAAAGAACCUCAUCAGCUUGGAUCUCUACAACAACAAUCUUACUGGGAAAAUCCCUUCUGCUUUGGGAAAAUUGAAGUCUCUGGUCUUUCUACGACUCAACGACAACCAAUUGACUGGACCAAUCCCUAGACAACUCACGAAAAUCCCAAGCCUUAAAGUCGUGGAUGUAUCAAACAAUGAUUUGUGUGGAACUAUCCCAACAGAAGGACCUUUUGGACACAUUCCUUUACAGAACUUUGAGAACAACUCGAGAUUGGAGGGACCAGAACUAAUCGGUCUUGCAAGCUACGACACAAACUGCAACUGAAACAACUGGCCAAAACAUGAAAAACAAGAAAAUGAAGGGGGUGACCUUGAAAGAACACUUCACCACUUUAUCAAGUAUCACAUCUAUUAUGUAAUAAGUAUAUAUAUUUCCUAGUUGAAACCCAAAAAAAAAAAAUUCUGAGGUCUGUCUGUCUGUGUGUAUGUAAAAUCUAUACAUGCGCCCUUCGCGUACUGUUAUGUUCGUUUGUGUGACACUGAGAUUUACCAUUUGUAUUGAUAACAAGUUCUUUACCUUGUCUGCAUUAUCACUUGUGUGUAUGAAUAUGAUCUGUCAUAUAAGACAAAAAAUAUGGAUUUGGAUACAUUGUUUUAUUU